GGUGCGCGCAGAGGAGGCUGAGGAGGAGAGCAGCACCACGGACAGCUCCCUGUAGCAGCAGCAGCGGCGGUGCGGACUUUUCUGUUCUGAAAGAAAAAAGAAAAGAGCACAUGGAUUUUGAUUUUUAUAUAAUUUAAGAAGAGCAAAAAUAUUUAUUUUUAUGACUGUAAAGACAGAACACAGAAUCAGCAGUGAAGUUUAUCAUCACUCCAAGGCGUUUUCUCUUCCCCCUGUUUGGACUAUAUCCUAAAAAUAAGUUGAUCUACUUUCUUCGUAUGGAAAGCUUUUUUCUUUGUUGGGAAAUACUACCAGGAACAAAAAAUACGCAUGCAAGGCAAGUUUUCUUCACUCAAUGCAUUAAGGUUUCUUUCAGCCUACAUAUAAUACUGUUUUCCCCAGAGGCAGUCUGCUGCCUACAGCCACUAAUGUGAGCCUCUAAUUCAGUUUUCCACUCUCGCGCAGCACUGAUUCUUUUCUUCCUCCACCAAAGUCACCCACGAGGCGCGCUGCAUGUCCAGCAACGGAUAAAUAAACCUACACUAGUGGGUUUUAAUGUCACUGAAUUAGUGUCAAUGGAGGGAAAACGUAAAAGGGGAUGGUUUUGAGAUGAAGUUUGAGACUCUGUCACCAAACACAGGAGGACGCACCUUUUGACAGCCUUUAUUUCUAAUUUUUUCAUUAUUUUGAGAGCUCCUGCCGGGAGAGGAAAAGAAUGGCGGUGAGUGGGAACUGCAGAACUAUUCCCAAAGACCUGCAGGCUUCAGUUCAGAACAGUUUCCCAGAUGUUGUUGAGUUAAACGUAGGGGGGCAGGUUUAUUACACCCGCCACUCAACUUUGGUGGGGACCCCGAAUUCGUUGCUUGGUAAGCUGUUCUCCUCCAAAAAAGACGCAUCUAACGAUUUGGCGAGAGACCCCAAGGGCCGGUACUUCAUCGACAGGGACGGGUUUUUAUUCCGAUAUGUUCUGGACUACCUCCGGGACAAGCAAGUCGUCCUCCCGGACCACUUCCCCGAGAAAGGGAGGCUCCGGAAAGAGGCAGAGUACUUCCAGCUUCCCGACCUGGUGAAGCUUCUGACCCCAGAGGACAACAAGCACAGUCCGGACGACUUCUUUCACAGCGACCAUGAAGAUGGCUCUCAGGGUAGCGACCACCGACAGUGCCCACCGCCCUCUCUGGUCCCCGCGGACAGGAAGAGCGGUUUCAUCACGGUGGGAUACCGGGGGUCGUGCACCAUGGGCCGGGAGAGCCAGAGCGACGCCAAGUUCAGGAGAGUACCUCGGAUACUGAUCUGCGGCAGGGUGGCUCUGGCUAAAGAGGUGUUCGGGGAGACUCUAAACGAAAGCCGGGAUCCGGACAGGACCCCGGAGCGAUACACCUCCCGGUUUUAUCUCAAGUUCAAGCAUCUGGAGAGAGCGUUUGAUAUGUUGUCGGAGUGCGGUUUCCAGAUGGUGGCCUGCAACUCCUCAGUCACAGCCUCGUUUGUCAACCAGCACACAGAGGACAAGAUCUGGUCCAGCUACACUGAAUACGUCUUCUACCGUGGUCCAUCACGCUGGUCUUCUCCUCCAUGUGACUGCUGCUGCAAGAACCACAAGGGUGAUGGCGAAGGCGAGAGUGGCACUUCGUUCAACGAGCUUUCAACCUCCAGCUCGGAGAGCCAGUCGGAGACCAGCUCUCCCCAGGGAACAGUCAUCAGAGGUCCAGUCAGCCGUCAGUCGCACCCUCAUGCCAAGGUCCAGACCCUCGACAGGCCACCUAAGAAAGGCCCCGUUAGCAUGAUUCAGCAGUCUGACCAGCGACGAAAGAGUGACUUGCUGCGCACUCUUACAGCCAGCUCGCGAGACACCAGUGGCUGCAAGAAGCGGCCUGUAAAAGAAAAGCCAACGGUUCAGGAGGAGCUGCAAAAAUGCAUUCAAGACUUCCACAAGAUCAAGAUCCCUGAGAGGUUUCCUGGAAGGCAGUACGUGUGGCAGACCGACCUGCUGAGAAAGUACCGCCUUUGAGCCUGAAUUGUGGAGGGAAGCAUGGAGGGAGCAAACAAGCACACGGCCAAGGAUCAGUUCAUGUGUUUUUCCAUCAUGGAUUUUUUCGAACGAAAUCAACUUUGAGGAGGACACUUCAUUAAAGGAUGUUGAAAGUCAAAAGAAUGAAAUAAUCAUAAAAAAAGGCAGUUGCAAAAAGGCUCUUGGUAAAUGUAGUAUGUACAGUAUGUGUUUAUAUGUAGUUUAGACCAGGUAAAUACUCUAUGUAUGUGCAGUAACUUGCAGACUGCAUCAGCAUUGGACCAAAACAACAGAGCUAACUGAUCAAACAACUGAAAUCAUUACUGGUUGCACCUGGUGUUACUGAUGGCUAAUGGAUUGCAGGACUGUAAUCAGUCGUCCUUUUGACUGAAAAAAUUACAAAGCAACAUUUCUGAUCCAACAAAGACAAACACUGAUUUACUGCGUGAUUGUAUGAGUGCGGUGGUGUGUACGUGUGUGUUUGUGCCCAGGUGGCCUGGAGGUCAAAGAUAAAUCUGCAUCGGGACUCAUCAAUAAUUCAUGCAGUUUCAAAAGAGCUCUCACCAUAAAUACUCCCUGAGAUCUCUGCUGCCACAGUGGCACAAACAGCUGGGCUGAUUACUUUACUUUUAGGUAACAUUUUGAGACUCUUGAGCCAGAAGGAGGCACAAUUUCAUCAGCAUAUAAAUUAAUUCCCCUUCUCAGAGGCAGGUUAUGUUGCAAAUGUGCCCCAAGAGCGCCAAGCAGCAGCACAUUGCUCUAAUUUUAACAAAGCUGCCUGGAUGUAGCCCAACAGUGAGGGAUAAGGGAAAGAGAAAAAGCAAAGGUUUGGUAGAACUGAGUAAAACUCCAACACUUAGAUCACAGUCAUCAUAUUCACAUAAACAAAUAAAAAUAAAAUAAAUAAAUUCCACCUUACUCAUACUGAACAAUAAAUCAUGGUAUAAUUAAAGCCUCACUUUGUUUGACAGCGCCAUACAGACAGUAAAGGCUGGACUAGUGGUGUUUUCUGACUCUGCCAACACGGUUCGAGGCUUUCCACAUUUACUGUUGACAAGCUAAUCAAUAGUUAUUGAUGAUCGGUCUGAUGAAAGAGCUGAUAUAUGUAGUUCUUGUUCACAGUUACUAAUGAAGUCUUUGGGUUUCUAACAAAAAGAUGCAACUCGUGAUUCAUUAAAGAUUAGCCAUUACUCUUAUAUUUAAGUUAGUAGAAGCAAGGGAAUGUAUUGCAGAGCAGCUACAUAAAUUAGGAUAGCAGUGAUCUUUAAUAAAAAAAUAAAAAAACCUGCUACCAUACUAGAUAAAUGAAGCUAUUUAACCUUUUUAUUGCAAUUAUAAGGGAAAACACUAAAGUCCACUUUAAAUUAUAUGGUUUAAAAUUGAUGACAAUCAGUUGGUAAAAGUUUUUGUAUUUAUUAAAAAAGGUCUUUGUCAAACUAAUUAUUUUCUUUUUGCCAGAGCACAUUUCACUUGCUGGGUCAUCUGAAGAGACAUUUCAUCCAAAAAAAUAAAUAAAUAAAUAGUAUGCCCCAAUGUUGAGAUUUUUGAAUGGUCACAUUAAUGGCUGCAGUUAACUCUUGAUAUUCUCAAAAGUAUUUUCUCGUCCCCUUUCACACACAUGAACUUAAGUUACAUUCCACUCUUAAUGAUAUUUAGAAACAUCUUGCACAGCAUAACAUAGUAACAGAAGCUACUGAGAGGAGGAUAGUUGGUCCUUUAAAAGACUCAGACAGCUCUAGGACUCCAGAGGAAUUGGUCAAUGAGAAGACAUUAACAUUAAGCAUUCCUACACUGAGAGUAAGUGUGGAAAUUUAUGCUUUAUGGAAAAUGCAGAAAUCCACAAAUACGUAACGUUAAAUAAAUAGAUUCAAAAUCUGUGACCAAAAAAAGUCAAUCAAGAAAUCCCUAGACAAAAGCAAUACACUUAAUAUUAAACAGUGAGAACAACAAUGAAAGAAAAUACUGUUGGUCCCCAGCUAACUGUGUACUUAGAGAAUAUAAUGACAUAUAAAUGGAAUAAAUGUAGUGUCUGUUGGAAGAUAUUUUGGGUGUCCUUAAGGGAUCUGUCUUGUGUGUAAGUAAAAAACAAAUCUUCAAAGAACAGCAAUAUAUUUGGAAAAGAACUAAUAGAAAUCUGACAUAAAUUAUUUUAUUGCUUUUGAACUUUAAUAUUCAGAAAGUUGAAACUAUUUGGGUUUUGAAAUGAUUAAAAAUGUUUGUUAUUCUUUUAUUAUUUCAAAGAACAAUAUUAGAACAAAUAUAACAAACUUACUAAAUACUUAUCUAGAUAUAGGUUUAUUUAAAAAUGGCCCUACAAAUGCUUUAUUAGUAUAGUUAUUUUUAUAUUCAAAGGACUUUUAUUUCAAUAUAAUUACUGAAAUGUUCUCAUGCUGGCCACAAAAUGAAUUUAAUGUGAGAGUUUACAGGGAGCUAUUAUUCACAGAUGGCCAUUUAUCAGCUCAGAUUUAUAGUAAUUUAUAGUAGGGCUCAGGAAACGUGUUGCAGUAGGUUCCAAAUGAGAAACAGCCACUCUCCUCAUGUUAAAUGUGAGGUUUAAUAAGGCUUAUUUGUCUGUUUCCAGAAUAUUUCAGUUGUACUUUAAUGUAUUUUAUCAUUUUUGUUUAAAGACCAAUUCUGUUAAUCUGGGCUACAUAUGAAAUGUAAAUAAGCACAAAAAAUCAUAUUCAAGUAGAACAAUGUAAUAUACUUUGUAUAUAAAACAUCUAGAUCCGCGACUCAAGGCGCUGCUGCUCUGUUACCUCAGUGAUCCAGUAGUCCGCUUAAAAUGUGUAUGACGCUCUUUGUUUUGGCAUGUAAUGCUUGGCCAUCACAGGUGAAAGAAAAUGAAUUACAUGUCUGUAUAUUACAACAAAUUUUCUGUGAUUUCAUUUAGGACAACAGUAUUAAAGGGAACAGUCAGCAUUUUUGUCUCCGAAUGCUGCAGAAAAGUGAAAUAUCACUAAGAUAUUUCAACAAUCAUAUUUUCUGUAAGCUGAGUUGUUCAAAAAGGAUAAUUGGCUCAAAGGUAGUACUUAAGUAAGUUUAAAUUUGAAACGUGAAAGUAAAUGCACAGGAAUGGAUCAAGAAGCUGUAUGGUGCUGAUGGUGUUUUACAGUGAUUUAUCAGUAGGUCUAUAUUUUAGUCCAAAGCAUCAGCCAUGGAUUACGCAGCCAUAACUGCAUGGAAAAAACAUUUUCAGUAAAGUUGGAAUGCAAUAAAAGUGCAUUGUCAGGAAAACAUAACAGUGAAAAACCAUCUGCACAAAAGAAUAACAACAACAACCAAGUGUACUCAAAACCAACCAGAAUAAAAUGAGUAAUUUUGUUGAGUUCUUGUGACUACUCAAUACAUUCAAUAGUCAUGUUUGCUUUUCUACUUUCUGCAUGAAAUGAAACGGUAACAUAAAGCUAAAACUCAAUAGAUUGAGCCUUUUUCAUGUUGUUAGCAUCCACAUGUUUUUCCACAGUAGAGUACAUAUUAUCUAGGGCCUUUUGAAAAACAUCUUAACUUUUUUUUAUCAAUAUACAAGACAGAAGGGAAGGAAAAAGGAUCAAAUUUCUUCUCCUAAGUCCCAGAAUGGUCAGCAAUAUUGAAUACAGUGUCAAGAAACAGUUUUUUUGACAUAGUUCCUGUCAAUACCUUUGAAACUCUUUGUAAGCUCAGAGAGUUACAGAGAGAUAAAACAUGUGAUCAAUAUGAGUCAUUUUAUGUCACAUGCCAGCUGACAUUAAACAUGGGUUUUCAGUAAGUCAAAGGGUGAAAAUACAUAUUAGUUAGUUUGUUCUGAAGCACAACUGAAACAUUAUUCAGGAUCAAUUAUUUGAUCACUGGAUUAAAAAAACACUUAAUUUUAGUUCAAUCUUCUGUUACCUGAACUUCAAUCAAUUUUGUUUAAUGCUUGAAUUCACAUCUCUGACAAGCAUAAAGGUUUCUUAGCUUUUAGCUCAUAUGGAGUUUUAGAAAAUAUUAAUACACCUUAUUAAUUUUUUUUAGAUUUCACAUAACAAACACAAACUUAUAUGUACUUAUUUAUUUAUGUUUGCUUGUAAAGAAUAGUGUAUCAUUGUAAAAUAAUACACUAUGACAAAUAAAAAUCUGAAAAGUGUGAUGUGAAUAUGUAUUCAGUACCCUGCUCUGAUAUGCCUGGAUAAAACUCCUUCAUAAGUUAUUUAAUGAGAGAUUACAGUCUGAUAUGUUAUUUCAUCUCAGUAUAAAUGGAGCUGGUUUUCUUUUUUGAAGGCCUCAAAGGUUUUUUUGCAGAACCUUAGUGCACAAACAAUUGACACAUCAGAUAGGUCAGGGAUAAGCUAUAGAAAAUUUUAAAUGUAAAGUUAGCCAGGUUAUAAAAUUAUAAUCCAGUCUUUCAACCUGGAGUCAAGUUGAAACUAACGUCACCAAAUGGAGAGCAUAACAAAUCUGCCAACCCAUCAAGGCAUAGCCAUCCAUUUAAACUCAGAGGCUCAUAGUAAGGAGCAGGCACUCACAACCCAGAUGAUGCAGAAACACUAUGUGUGGUGGAAAAAAAUUCUCUGAACACACCAUGCUUAACAUAAUUGGUGGUGUAAUUUGGGGAUAAAUUAAAACUUUAAAAGUAAUGCUCACAAACACUCUCCAUCCAAUGUGACUAAGCUUUAGUUAUACUGUCAAGAAAACAGAUAAUUAUUUCAGUUUCUAAAUGUUUAAAGCUGAUUAUGACAAGUGUUUAAUAAGGAAGGAGUUGGCAGAAAUCAGGUGCACAUCACACUAUUCAGAGUUUUUAUUUUAUUUUAUUUUUUUUUUUUUGAAAGCCAUGUACUAUUUUACUUCCCAUUCAAAGUUAAACACUACUUGUCUACAUAAAAAUGUAUUAACUUUUGCAGUUGUCUCCUGAUGGAAUGUGGAAAAACAUCAAGGUGUAUUUAUAGCUUUGCAAGGCUCUAUAAAACUGCAAUGUUGCAUUUAGCUUUCUUGCACAGUUCAUUUUCAGUCCAUGUUUAACAGAAGAAACAAGCUGCUACCAGGAUCUGUGUUUGGUUUACUCUGCCUGCUGCUUCUUCUUUUUUUGUUUUGCUUUGAUACAUUCUAGAAAGAAGGUCAUUCAUGCAGCUGAAAGUAAAAGUCACUUGUAAACAUACGAAUGAUUGAAAAUUUAAAUGAACGUUUGACACCUGGUGGCCUUCUAGAGUUGUCUACAGCUGUUUUUGCACAAUGUAAAGAAUAAUCUACAACACACAAACAGGGAAGUAUUUGAAAGUAAAGAGUUGCAUCUAUGUCCAGCACAUCAGCACAGACCCAACUCAUAUCUAUCUUCAAACAUUUUGAGUGCAUGAGUUGAUUUGAGGUUCUUUCUGCUUGAAAUUAUACUGAUUAAUGUAAAUUAGUAAAUCACUUGUGCAAUUUAUGUUUUAGGACAAAUGUGAUGUUUGAAAAAUGAGGAGAGCCUGAACCAAUGUAAAGUUUGCCAGUUUAUGUUAUUUUGCAGUACUUUUUUAUGUCUCAAACUGAUUUCCUCCCCUAAAGUUAUGGCCAUGGCCUUUAAAUGAAACCCAAGCACAUGACUGAAGCCCUUGCUUUGUUUAUGCUGCCUUUGACGACCCUGCCAGGCACAAAGGGAGGUCAUAAUAUUCCAACAUCACAAUGGCAGACCUGGAGUCGUGUGUUUGAAGCAAAAGGGCGUGUUUUGAUGUAUGUUGAUGUGACACACAUUACAAAAAGAAAAAAAGCAACAAAACAUUGUGAGCAUGUUGGUAUAAACUUAUGACAGAUUUAAAUUAGUCUGUUCUUGUGAAAUGAGUAUGUGACAAACGAAUAUUUGACAGAAAAGAGAACAUUUUAGAAAAGAUAAGCACAAAUGUGUUGAUUGUUGCUGUUCCUCCACUGGUGUAUAAAGUUAAUAAAACAACUCUGCAACAUGACUAAACUCCUGCAAAACAAAGCAACUCUCAUGGCAAGCUUGAUGUUAAUAGAAACUUGUUACACUACAAAUCAUCAUAGAACUUUUAAACAUUAUUUGCUAACUGUAGCAUUCCAUUACCCUGUCUUUAAAAAUCUUUAUUUUUUCCUUUAAACUGUGGAUAAAAGUAAUUCACCACAGUAAAACUGAAUUUCAAAGAGUCUGACAUCUGUGCUGAGAGUUGCUCUGUAUUUAAGGUGUUAUGUUCUGUUUCUAUGUCUGCCUUUAUAGACAGUGCAAUUCAUUUGAAAGUCUUUAGAUAAAAAGCUGUCAUUUUGAAAAUGUAUGAGUACAACCAAUAAACAAGAUGAAC